CAUGUGACCAAACCGAAACCAUUAUGGCGGCCACCAUGUAAAUAUGUAAAUAACACACUUUUCGUCGUCAAUUUCCUUUAUCUUGCAUUGGAUUAUGGUGGACUUUGAAGAAGGAUAUACGUUAUUGAUGACGGGUCAUGCGGAUAUGGAAUAUUUUGUGAGCGCAAAACGGAAAUUUAUUUAGCUAGAAAAGUUCAUGCUAGCCAGUCGACUAACUGAAGAUCUAGCUAGUUACUGGUACUAUAGCUAGCCAGCUCGAGUUUGAAAGGAAACAUCCGCUGAUUACAGUGCGUGCAUAUGUUCGCCCUUUAGCCAAAUCAAACGCGGUUGCACCGCUGUUUAUUUCAAAUUGCAAGUGGAAUGUGCCCGACCAACGUGGUUGGCAAGUAGCUAUGCUAGCUAGCUAGUAGAGCUAGCAUUGUUAUGCUAGAUAGCUAACUAGUUUAGCUAACUAACUGGCUGAGUGAAACGAACGAGAGGACAACGCAUCCGAGGUAGCUAACUUUAUCUAGCUAGCUAGCUAUGUAACCUUUGCUGGCCAGACAAAAAAAAAGUGAUUUUAUCAAGACAGUGAAGCAAGUCGAGUAAGACCUUUAUCAUGGGUCUGGUGAACCUUGUCUUUUGCACCAUUGGGAAAUGUUUCAAUUUCAUAUCCUUCCUCCUGGACCUAAAUUUCUUAAUAGUCCAUUCAGUGAUAUGGCUCCUGACGGCAUGUAUCACCUUUGUGAAUAACCUACCCAUGUUACUGACCCACUCAAUGGUGAAGUGCUGGAACUUCACUGUGUUCUGCAUGGUCGCCAUGAUGGACAGUGUAUCACUUUUGGCCAAGGGCACAGUCAACAUGUUAGGGCGCUGGCUGCACCUCGUGGGAGGUGUUCUGGAGAGUUUCAAAAUGGUGGGCUACUUGUCCUCACAUGUUCUCCUGCGUGUCAGGGAUCUGUUCCACCGUGGGCUGCUGUGUGGCCACUGCUUGCUGCAGCAGGUGUGGGAGGGCUGUGGCAUUGCAGUCAGCCUGGUGUUCUACCUGGUCAACACGGUGGUCAACCUGCUGCUCAUCGGGACACAGAACGUCUACUCUGUUGUAGUCAGCAUGUGGGAGGCAGUCUCCUGCCCCCUGCAGAAGGCUGUGGAGCUCACCCUCACACUCUUCACCUUCCUGUACAGCAGCCUGGUCGGCACCUCAGUCGUUCUCUGGACUCCCAUCAGGCUGGCCCUGGAGUUCCUGGGCUCGCUCGGACACAUCUUCGGCAGCGUCUUCCUCCUGAACAUCUAUGGCCUCAUUCUCACGGCGACCAUUUUUGUCACUGCCACGAUCUACAUGAACCCUGAGCUGACCCGUCUUGGAGCCCGACGCGCCGUCGGUUAUGUCAACUCUGUCCCCACCCUGCAUCUCCUACAGAGAGCGCUCAAUCGCCUCUACAUGCUGGAGAGGGGCGUGUGGCAGAGGCUUCAGCAGCAGGGCAGCCGCCUACAUCAAACGAUAACACCAGUCUACAGGAACAUCAGAGUGAGGGGUGACGGCCACGCCAGGCAACCUGAGCCCAGUAACAGAGAGCAGGGGGCUCUUACGGACGGUAGGGCAGGAGACGCAGCACCACACCCUGAACACGCCGCUCGGCAACGCCAGCUAAUAGACGACCUGUGGGACCUAGCGUUCCCCAGCUCCAGCAGCACAAACAGGCCUUUACAGAAACUAUCCUCGGGGGAGGGGGGCUCCAGCUCCAAGGGUCCCCCGACCGACAGCCUACUGACUCUGCUCAAGGAGCAGGAGGAGAGGAAGAAGUGCGUCAUCUGCCAGGACAGCACCAAGACAGUGGUGCUGCUGCCCUGCCGCCACCUGUGUCUGUGUCGGGACUGUACCAACAUACUGCUGCGCCAGCCCAUCUACCAGCAGAACUGUCCGCUCUGCCGCCAUAUGAUCCUUAAUACCAUGGAUGUGUAUCUCUGAGGGGACCUAACGGGGGAGGGGCGUGUUGCCCAGAGCGCUGCAUUGUUAACAUGUUGAAUCUCAGGUUUAGGAUGUGCAGAGACUAUAGGCUACAUCUACACCUGCAGUAUUAUUAUUAUAUUACAGUACAUUGCAGCUCAGACACACAGCUAUCCAAGUCCAGUGCACUGUGCUGAAAUUGCUUGUCGCCCAUGGCUGAUGUCUACAAUGAUGCCUGGGUUUUGUUCAGACAACCAUGACAGUGCUUGCCUACAUUCAUAUUACUGAACAUAUUACUAAUUAUUAUUAACACUUCAUGUGCUAAACACUUCAUGUCAUUCCAAACUGUAUGUGGUGUGUGAACCUAAUAAGGAAUGUUUGCUGUGUAGCAGUUCAUUUCCUUUAUUCAGUAUAGGUUCAGUUUGAAAGCAUUCCAUUGGAAGUUUAAAACACAGGAGACAUUUUGUAGCUUAUGCAUAGGUUUAAAUGGUGAUAACCUCUCAAAUGCCAUUUGUCAAUAGCAAAUAUUGUUCCAAGCAGUUCACAUCCAGAGACCCAUUAAAAGGGUGAAAUUGUUUUGUAUUGUGGGAAAGGGGGUUAAUUUCAUAAGCUAUGGUUGUCUGAAAAUGUCAGUGUCAGAGAAAUUAUUUACCAGAUCUAUCUCUCUUGUGUCAUAUUAUAAACUUUUGUUUUAUUGUAGUGAUUAUUCCAUCACUUGGAGCACUAUAGCCAAUUCUUUCCACUAUGCUUACAUAUGAACACUACCUAAUUUAUGCUCCACACAAGGUUUAUUCACCUUUAUAGUUAUUGUAAUGUUUUUAUCUUGUGAUCAAACAUUGACUUGUUGUUCAAAAUGACCACCAUUAGUCAGUAAUGGCUUCAUAAUUCCUUGUUUCUAUUUUGUCUUUUUGCUCAAAAUAAGUUUUCAUCAAAGCUCUGUGAAAUGCCAUGUUGGAGAUUUACAGCACAAACUGCAAUGGUUAUUGAAUUAGAUUGCAAGUGUUGGCGAAAGGCCGGUUAAGUGACAAUAAAAGCAAAAGGCUGGUGAGUCAUAUUUGAUAUGCCUAUUUUUGGGCCAAGGUUUCAUAAAUAAGCGUUGUUGGAUAGGCUCGGCCCGUAAGAUAUUUUUGGGUCGAACACGAUGGAGUGGCUUCAAUAUUUUGACAGAGGAGCUAGAACGUGAAGCACAGUGUCACUGAUGUCCUAUUGUCUUAGUCUCAUUGAUAUUGUGUAGCCUAUAAUCAUUUCCCACUGUCUUUGUUCCAUUCAGAAGUCUUAACAUUUGUCUGUUAUUUCAACAGAUGCUGUAAUCACUCAUUCAAUAAUUUGCCCUUUAUCCCUUUUAUCUAGUGCCAAACCAACAUUUUCCAAAAGGCCUACCAUUUCCUUAACACCCCAUGUAAAGAGUAAAUCCUAGGUUAUAUUCUGAGUUUACCUCUUUUGCUCUCAGGUUUCCCCAAAGCCCUUUAAUCAUUGUGUGACAUUCCUGUCUACAGAUACAGUAGACUCUUAUCACAGACCACACGUAGCCAUUCACAUGGCUUAUUUUGUCUAGGAAGACUGACCUGUGUAUCCGGGGGACAUGGCACAAAGUGAUGGACAUUGCAAUAAACCGUGAGUGGGGUAGCAGGUAGCCAAGCAGUUAAGAGUGUUGGGCCAGUAACUGAAAGUUUGCUGGUUUGAAUCCCAAAGCUGACUACUCUGUCUGUGCCCUUGAGCAAGGCACUUAACCCUAAUUGCGCCUGUAAGUCUCUCUGGAUAAGUGCGUCUGUUAAAUGUACACAUUUAUUUUGUUUUAUAAAGGUUUAUGAAUAUGGCCAUACUCACGAAUGAUAAUGACAAAUGUCUGUGAGACAAUAAACGAACAAUCUUUUGGUACUGUU